AUUCAUCAACAGUGGAAUCCAACCGACCUUUUCCAGAACUACUGUGGUAUUCAAGAUUUGCACCGAGUGUCAACUGUCACCGCUGUUUUAUUGGUGAAGAUUUACACUAACCCAGGGGCACACGUUGCUGUUAUAGACCCCGAGGGGGAGGGGGAGAGGGAGCAAAUAUUCAGUGGCAGUUAUCCAAAUUAUCCCCGACUUUUUCUCCGUAACUGUAGCAGUAAAGGUCAGUAAUGGCUUCAAACAGCUGCACAGGCACCUACCUAGGUCUCUGCUACGGUUAUUUUGUGUCGCCGCAGGGGAUGGACUGAGAGGUCGAAGGCUGGAGGAGGAGUUGAUAGCUGCCAACAUGACUAAAACGGCACAUUCACAAUCAUAGGGAAAGAGCCGCUAUUACACUCUGAAGACACCACUCCUACGCAGUAGCACCUGAGGGAUUUGAAAUGACCUGUCUGUGUAAGGGCUUCGUUGUCCAAUUCAUUAGGGCGAUUACUCAGUCCACUGGCCACACUGGAGCCCUCUCAUUUCUGGCUGCUGAAUAGAAUGGCUGCUGAUGAUCGGCACCUGCCCUCCAGCUGUGGGUCAUACAUCAAGACGGAGCCGUCCAGCCCCUCCUCAGUCAUCGACACGGUCAGCCACCACAGCCCCAGCGGCAACUCGGACGCCAGCGGCGGCUAUGUCAGCGCCAUGAACAGCCACUCCAACGGCCUGGACUCUCCGCCGAUGUUCACGCCCGGCGGGCUGGGCCCCGGUGCCUGCCGCAAGCGAUAUGACGACUGCUCUAGCACCAUCAUGGAGGACUCGCCCAUUAAGUGCGAAUACAUGUUGAACUCCAUCCCCAAGAGGCUGUGCCUGGUCUGUGGAGAUAUAGCCUCUGGGUAUCACUACGGCGUGGCCUCCUGUGAGGCCUGCAAAGCCUUCUUUAAAAGGACAAUACAAGGCAACAUAGAAUACAGCUGUCCCGCCACAAACGAGUGCGAGAUCACAAAACGGAGACGCAAGUCAUGUCAAGCCUGCCGCUUUAUGAAGUGUCUCAAAGUGGGGAUGCUCAAGGAAGGUGUGCGUCUGGACCGUGUGCGAGGGGGAAGACAGAAGUACAAGAGGAGGAUGGAUGCAGAAAGCACAGCGUACCUGGGCCUCACCCUCCCCCCUCCUGCCAAAAAACCCCUCACAAAGAUAGUGUCCCACCUGCUGGUGGCCGAGCCAGAGAAGAUCUACGCCAUGCCUGACCCCACCAUGCCUGAGAGUGACAUCAAGGCCCUGACCACGCUGUGUGACCUGGCUGACCGGGAGCUGGUGGUCAUCAUUGGCUGGGCCAAGCAUAUCCCAGGCUUCUCCACGCUGUCCCUGGCAGACCAGAUGAGUCUACUGCAGAGUGCCUGGAUGGAGAUCCUGAUCCUGAGCAUCGUGUUCCGCUCGCUGCCCUACGAGGACGAGCUGGUGUAUGCAGAGGACUACAUCAUGGACGAGGAACACUCACGGCUCACGGGCCUGCUCGACCUCUACGUGUCCAUCCUGCAACUCGUUCGCAAGUACAAGAAGCUCAAGGUGGAGAAGGAGGAGUUUGUCACCCUCAAGGCCAUCGCUCUCGCCAACUCAGACUCCAUGCAUAUAGAGGACGUGGAGGCGGUGCAGAAGCUCCAGGAUGCGCUCCACGAGGCCCUGCAGGACUACGAAAGCAGCCAACAUCAGGAGGACCCCCGGCGGGCAGGCAAGCUGCUCAUGACCCUGCCCCUGCUGCGCCAGACCGCCACCAAGGCCGUGCAGCACUUUUACAGCAUCAAGGUGCAGGGCAAGGUGCCCAUGCACAAACUCUUCCUGGAGAUGCUGGAGGCCAAGGUCUGAUGGAGGAGCAGGUGCCCCCUGUGAAGGCGAUUGGGACAGGGACAGGAACGGGGACGGUGGUGUGGAUGGGGCAAUGCAGACAGAGCGACAUGGACAGAAGGGACUCAGGACAGGAGAGGGACACCCUGCUGACUGAGACAGGAGACAGACUGACCUCUCUUGCUCUCCGCCCCCUCGGACCCCCAGACAUUAAAAAAAUUUAAAAUAAAGAAGAACAAAUGCAAAACUUGGUUAUAAGUAUAAAUAUAAAAUGAUGCAGAUUAAUUUAAAAUAUAUAAGAAAUACUAUGUACAGUAAUCAUUUUGUUUUGUUUAUGGUCUGUGGUCAUACUGUAUGUGAAGGAUCUCCCCUCUCUCUAUAUCUUCAGAAGGAAUAAUUGCAGGCUCUUAAUUAAGAUGGUUUGAUUUCUAGUCAGAACCUCAGGACAUCUCCAAAUGUGUUCUGAUGACAACACACAUGUCAACCACUAUGAACAGACUCACUUGUUAGACAGUUAUUUCACCUCCUGGACUUGACCAGGACAUGUACUGUAUAUAUGUAUUAAUAAUGGAAAACUGAGUGUACAGUUAAGUCUGGUGAACACGACAGCCAUUUUCUCUCGUUCUCCUUCUUGGGGAAAAAAAAGAAAGAAAGAAAGAAAGAAUAAAAAUGGUUACCUAAAUGUGA